GGUUAGUAACUGAGCAGAAGUACAAAUUUCCUUCUCUUGUUGUGACUAGUUGUGACUGGAAGGUUGCCGUUUCUCAGCCAAAAGAUAGAACCGAGGAGCUGUUCUCUGUGGUAUGGUGUUUGCCAGGACCUGCUACACAUCUUUCGUGGUUUUCUUCGCCCCAGAUAAGUUGAAAUGCUGAAUGAUGAUGGAAGUUGAUCAACCAACUACGGCUACCGCAGAAACGGAAAUUCAACCCGAUGCCGAUGAUAAAGAACCACCAGCAGCGGCUUCUGGCUCCAACGGUGAUAAUCUUCCGGUCAAGGAAAAUGAGGAGAUGGAAGCACUUGUCAUAACCGACAGUGAGGAUGAAGAACAGCCGGUGAAGGAAAACGUUUCCGAUGGUUCCAAAACGGCUAGCACCGGAGAACCGGCUGUUGAAGAAUACCACAAAAGUUUGCCCACUUCCGAUAUAUCAGGCAUAGCUCCUCUGCGUUUAUCGAUCGAUAAGGGGAUUGUACAGAACGACGACAAACAGGAUACAAAGGAUGUGAAGGACAACGAACCCGUGCAGUGCGUCGAGGCCCGGGAAGCUGCUGCUACUGAACAACCGCCAAAACCAGCCGAGAUUACUAACAUCGAUCUUACGGAGCUUUCUAGUGCUGAAGAGUCAUUUACCAGUGAUCCCGGUACCACAGUACAACCUCCACAGCAGUCACCGAAAAGACCAACCAAAAUGAAGGUGGCAAAGGAAAAGAAGAAGGAACUGAGCCAUUCCGAAAUGACAGCCGAACAAAUGUUGGCCUCGCUCAUAGGAGGAACUCUCGAAGAAUCUUCCGAGUCGGAAAAUGAAGCUACGACCGAGGUGAGCGAUAUGAUUAAACUCAACGAUGAUACCACUAGUGAACAGUGCAAAGACAGUGAUCCUGCGCCAGCGCCAACCGAGUGCGGGAAGAGCGACGAAGUUGUAAGUAAGCCGGAUGAAAGCCAAAAAGAAGUGUCGAAUGAAGUAUCGGUUUGCAAAGAUCCUGUUGCUCCGGCCACCACUAGUGAAGAUGCGACCCAAACAGGAACAGGUACAGACACAGCUGAUCAUGACAAGAUCGAAGAAACGGAUGAUAAUGUUGCCUCACCUGAAUGUCGGGAACCUCAAUCUCCGAUCGGUGCUAAUGAAACCUGCAAUGAUAAGGCCGAACUAUGCGGUGAACCUGAAUUUACACAAGAAGAGUGCUUUCUUGAAGAGUUACCAGAAUCUGAGAACACAACGGCCCUGCCAGAGAAUAGUUCUAAAGCCACUGCCGAGGACCAAAACGAACCGAUCGUUUUGGAUGACUAUGAGAUGGAUUAUUGUGAAGAAGAAGAGGAGGGUUAUGAGAUGGAGGAGGAGCAAGAAUCAGAAAAUGCCGAUGCGGAUGAAUCAGAUCAACCACCGAGAAAAAAGGCACGGCCAUCGACGUUAUCGCGGGAUGAGGAGGAUCUUAAUACUGCCUUAUCGGAACCCACACCACACCACAGUAAUGAGCAGCAACCAACAGAAACCACCUCUGCCGAGCCUUCUAAGGAUGUGACCCAAGUCGAUGCGAAAUCGUCGCAAUCGGAGGAAAUGGAUACUAAUGCAGCAGCAGAACCGAUGGAUGAUAAUGAGGAAGAAUCUGAUAAAGCGACGAAUGCCGAAUGCCAACCAACCGUCGAAGCACCGAGCACUGAGGAAGGCAAGCAACAAACAGACGUUGAUUCUAAACGCUCAAGCACUUCUCGAGACCAGAAUGAGAUAAUCGAUCUGCGGCCACCAAGUCCGACAGAUAUUUUAAUAAUCGAUGACGACGACGAUGAGGAAAAUAUGCCAGAGGUGGCCGCUGUUCCUCCAUUGGCAGCUGAUUCCGGGAAAUCGGUAUCAGUCCCCGCAAAAACAUCAUCCCACUCGAACAGCGACGCCGGAUCUACGAAUGAAGUGGUGGAGCCGGAUGCUGGGACAAUAUCGGAAAAGAAACCGAAGUUGGUUGAGCCUGUUUCACAGGAAGAUGCUGAUAAAGGUUCUGAAUCGGCGAAAACGGAAACGAAGGACGACAUUAAAGCAGCCGUACAAAACGGAACGGAACAGCAGAAGCCCAAGAUUGUAAUGAAGUUUUUGGAGAAAUUGGGCAAACCGCUUCAAACCAUGACUCGAAAGGAUCUGGAGGAGCUGGUACUGCAGAAGGUGGCUGAAACGAUGAUAAACAAGAAGGAAAUAACGGGUUUGCGGAAGGCGGUCGAGAAGCAGAACGAGCUGUUGAUCUGGUUCCGCGAGCAAUCGUACGAGAUGACCAGACGGCUCAACGAUCAGCGUCUAAUCCAUCAACGGCUCACACACGACAUGGCUAAUCCGGUGAACCGGGCAGUGAUGCCCGUGCGUAUAACACGAAACGUUGGAUUGCAGGUUUCUCUGCAAAGGGAUUGUAGCUGCACCUAUGCUUUCGACCAAAUGGCGCUAGAAGGAGGCACUUCUUCCGGCGAGCGGGCAGCGCUUGUGCCAUGCAAGGAGGGCUCAUCACAAACGGUGGAACCGCGGCUGCAUACGGAGAAAUCGGGCGAUAUCAGGACGUACUGCAACGCCAUCGGACAGCCACAGAUGAAGCCGAAUCAUGCCCAAAUCGGGACCACCCUAAAGCGAUCACCAGUGACACCGCAGCCAAUUGCGAACGUGAUUCGUGCAGCACAAAUGACUAAAGUGACAUACGUGCACUCAAACUCAAAGACCACUACCGUGUCUAUGGGAAUGCCGAUUGCCCAACCGCAAACAUCGGCCAGCAGCGUCGGUGUGCCCGUGCCGUCCGUGAUUAACAAAGCGCUACGGAUGCCGGGUCCGUCGUCAGGGCCUAGUACCGAUCGACGUUCACUAACCAACACUCAUCGGACGUCCACCGGGAGCGGUAUCUCUGCCAGUACCAUGGUAACCGCGUCGUCAUCGGUUAACUACGCAUCGAAACAAAACAUUAGCAGCACGGCAAGUGGCAUAGGUACUGGUGGUGCCAAAGCGAUGAGCGCCACCACCAGCAGCAUUUCGGGCCACAACAUUUUUCGAAAAAAGUCCGUUCACAAGAUCACUCCGAUGCGUCCGCCUAUACCGCAAAAUAUGCACAAUACGCUUCAGGAACAUGAGCAGUUGCUACGGGAACAGAUUAACAGCCAGCAAGCCGAACGUCAGAGGCAACUCGAUGCACGUAACGCGCUCGGGCGUUCGGCAGCCAUGGUUCGUUCCCGGCCUAACGGCUCACCGAACAUGCACUCUGCUGGUGGAGGGUUAGCAAAGCAGCUACUCGCCAGGAUAAGGCCGGAGCCUAACGCAUCAUCAACUAUCGACGCUUCGUUGAUCGAUUUGACGGAGGAGGAUGAUGGACCGAAGAAGUCGGUGCCAUCAGCCAUUACGAACGGUGUUAGUAGCGCACCGGCGCCUCCGUUCAAUCGUAACCAGCAGAAUGGGGUAGUUCGAACGAUGGCCAAAUUACCUAAAGCAAUGCCGGUGCGCAGCACCGAACAACCGGCUCCACAGCAAUCACGCACAGCAGGUGGUCAGCUCGGCGCAACGAAUGGAAGCGGAUCUGUUGGGCAGACAGCCCAAACCAAACCAAAACCGCCAGCCAAUGCAACACAGCCGCGAACAGCGGUCAUUGUGAAUUCGGAUCGUACAAACAAAGAGAUAGCUGCAAAGCGUCGUUCGGCAAGGCAUCCGGCACCACCGCCCGAAGCUGUCCAUCAGCGCAGCAAUCCACAAUCACUACCGCUACCGCGACCCGCAAUACGCAUCAACAACAUCGAAACGGGUAUCGUAAUAUCGUGGACAAUGGAUCAAACGCCGCUGUUUGCGACGGCGGAAAGGUACCAGAUCUUUGCGUACCAGGAAACCACCGAACCACCGUCGACCGACAUGUGGCGGCAUGUUGGGGAUGUGAAUGCGCUCUCCCUGCCGAUGGCCGUUACGCUGACGGAUUUCCACGUGGACCAGCGAUACUAUUUUGCGGUACGCGCAAUCGAUGUGCAGGGUCGCAUUGGACCCUUCAGUGAAACCCGAACCUGGAACGAUCGGUCGGUGAAUACCGUAGCAGUCAACAGCCAGCAGCAGCAGCAGCAGCAGCAGCAGCAGCAAAAGAACUAGAAAGGCUAGAAAGGAGUAGUUAAUGUUAUCGUUUAUUUAAAAAAAUGCUUUUCACAUGGUUUCGCCUCUCCCUAGAACGAAGGACACCGGAUUUCUCAUCCGCGAUAUUUAAAAAAAAUGUUCUGAAUCCAAAGGAAACUGGUGGUAUUUGAGUGCAGAGGGAGAAUCUUAUUCUCCAUCGACGAGUAGAAGAAAAUAGUUUUUAAUUAAAUCCGCCAUUCAUUUUUAGUUAGCAGCGCCUCGUUAUAGUGUUCUUUUUGCAAUGAAUUAAAUAAACAAAUCCAUAAACUCGUACCACCACAGGCACUUAAAUUUGCUUCC